AUGAUUGUGUUAAGGCUCAGAACGACCAUCGGUUGGGUGAGUAUGCGUCGUCUCAGCCAGGAUGGUAGAGAGAGAGAAAUUCAGUUGGAAAAAGUCGACGAGGCAGAGGAGAUCUUCAAAACUCCGCAACUGUAUCAGGUCAUCGCCGACGGUUAUUUGCUGAACGUGCGCCAGGGACUCGAAAUCGAAGGACCGGUUGUCCGCACGCUCCCACCAGCUACUCAAGUGGAGGUGUUCGAGCGGCGCAUGAAUAACGAGGGGCUGAUGCGGCUCAGACUAAGCGAUGGGUGGAUCAGCGAGCGCCGCCGAGACCCUGAUACGCCUGUUCACACAUUUACGAGCGCCCUCGCUAAGCGCUUUUCGGCCAGCUUAUUCGGUGCUUCAUCGUUCAGCUCAUGCGGUGCCGGCGUUGGCGGUAGCGGAGCAGAUGCAGGCGGGAGAGGAGGGAGUGUCGUGCCGACCGGAACUGGCCGCCUGUUCGCUGUGCGGGUUCGCGAUACCCGCGAGAUUACUCGGAAGCGGCAGCUUCUGGCAGCUCUUGCCGCCGAUGGAGCGCGCCAGCGGUGGCGGGAGAGUCAUUCACCGUGGUGCCGCGUCAACAGCCUUUUCCAAGUGGAGGAAGUAGGGGAAGGAAUCGGAGAGCUGUGCGAAAUACGUAUCCCGCGAAAUCUCACCUGUGGGGGGUGCGAAAACUCCGCUGGUCUCGACAGUAGGACACUCCCACGCCGCAACAACGGCGACAGAUUCGCGGACAAGAUAGGGUCACACCGUGCUGAGCCGACAGAAGAGUCACAGUCCUCAGGUUAUGGGAAUUCCUCGGAACAUGGCACGUGGGGCCGCAGAAGUGCGCUGGUCAGCGGGUACAAGAGGUUUUGCAACCACGUUACUCCUGACACGGCGGGCUGCUGUUCACCGCGUCAGGAAGAGCCCGCUGUCCGGCAGAGAACGCUGAAGUCGAGCAAGGCGCACAUCAGUGUGGACAGGAAGCGUCAGAUGGCCAGUCACGACCGGUCCACCCACCGGAGCAUUGGGGAGAAGCGGAGCGCCAGCGACGAGUGUAGGCGAGACAUGCGCUGCUGCACGAAGUAUCCUGGCAAGCCUGAAGCCUGUGGAAGAAUUCUCGCCACCUCGCUUUCGUCACAAGGGCGGCGAUCGUGGUCACGCGCAGAGAAACGUGGCAUCGCGUGUCCAUGCUCUCUCGUUGCUGGCGACGGUGCACCAGGAUUCCAACCUCACGACGACGUCAUGGCCUCAACUACUAGUCAGAGCCUGAGAGGGAGUUACAUCGACUUCGGUGAGGGAAGCUGCAACAUCUUGGAUGUAUGCUUCCAAGAUGCUUCGUGUGCGGAGACUGCUCCAGACUCAAACAGGUUCUCGUCCGUGACCCGGCGAGUAGCUCCAAUGCAAGCGUAUUCCAAAUGUGCAAUCAGCAACGGAGCAACCGGUUGUGGACAAUCACUGAUAGUCACAGACAACGAAAGGGAUGGGCCAGUGCUGCAUGGCUUAUGUUACACUCCCAUACAACCGUACGCGGCCCGCGAUUCGGCCGACACUCUCGCGUCGGCGUUCGUGGUGAACUCUGUCCAGGAUUCCGUCCGAGGCGAACAGCUACCGGAAGCGCAGCGAAAUCUGGAAACUGCUUGUACGGGAAGGCAGCAUGGAGAGCGGACACAGAGAUCGAAGAACAUCCUUCUCAACGGACGCAGCCGGGGCAGUGGUGAUGUCGAAAGUUUGCCUGUUGUUCCUGUGGCAUCGGAUGAUCCCGGGGUCCAACUGGGCAAUCGGGGCUGGGAGGUCACACAGGGGACAGACACGGAACGAAGGGCGAUGUUGUGUGGGCGGUGCCACUGGACAGUUCCGGUUGCAGGAUUGAGCACGGUAUCAGGGGAGACACAGUUUGGCUGGGACCCUAGGGAAAUGAAAGAAAAUGGAGGUGGCGAUGCAAACUGCAGCCCUCAGCAAGAACGAACGAACGGCUCACAAAGCUCGCAUGCGCACGGUGGCGUCUGGCAUACUGACGAUGACGGCGCAGUGAACUCGUCAUCCUCCCUGGCACAAGCACUUCGCACUCUCUUUUCUCCGCUGGCCUUUAUAUCUCUGUCUGGUCGUAUUCACCGAACGCCCAAUACUCGUGUUGCUGUCGUUGCGGGGAUGAACAUCACGCGAAGUGGCGAUUCAGGCCAUUGCCACGGCAUGCGCCGGCAAGAGCACGCAGGUCUACCCCACCACAACCUCAGGACUUAUAAAAGCCAGAUAGGCAUUCAGACUGACUGUAGAAUUGGAGAGUCAGAAAGGAUUGUGGGCGUAGUGAAUGGAGGUACGCCACUGGCUUCAGACACCGUCCGCGUCGUGGACGGAACUGAGGGGUUUCUGGAGCGCCCCAACGAUACCGGGAAAAGAAGCUUGUUUGCUUCUGAGGUGUCAGAGAUCUUUGGAGGCUGCGCAGGAAUUUCUGACGCUGAGGAAGAGGUACCCUUUGGGCUAUGCGCGUGGGCCGGUUCAGGUGUUGGGUCGCCUGCGGAAAACCCCAUUUUCCGUGAUGGGAGUGUGAGAGCUAUGACCACACGUGUUAUUGGGCCAGCGCCUCGCGAUCGUUUUUGCCAUAACACAGGCAAUCGAUUGGCUGCGGAAGCGGCUUUCAAUUUCCUCUCGGGGGCCGGAACGAGGCGCCGGCUUCAGUCUGUUGGUGGCAGCCGUACUACACCAGCCGUGUCGCUAACUCGAGCGUUUUUUGACCAUGAGGAUACUACAAGCAGUCCGCACGGGAUGAGGCACCCCAGUCAAAGAAGAUGCCGGAGUUGCGCGUCGCACGCUGCUCUUCCGUGUCCCUCGGGAGGAAGUGGAGACGUGACCUCUCGCCUCGAGGCCUCUGAUGUUGUUGCUGGGGAAGACGCUGAUGAUAAUAAUCGGACAACGCCGUCUGGUGCAGCUGUGGGUAACCGACAGGAUUGCUGCCGGUCAGCUGCGCGCUCGCUCAGAGAGCCAACGGAGACACAAGCGUCAUGCGGUACUAGAAACUAUGGUGAACACCCUUAUACAUACACGGAUUCGUGUGAUAGCAGACCAGUCACUGCGGAAAGGAGGUUGCAUGGGCCGGCCCGCAUACGAAGAACAGCACGCGAGGAAUCUGACAUCGGCGGUGGUGCGAGCCAAGAGGAGCCAAGCACCUCAGAAGAGAGAGAAGAUACCCCGCGUGGAAGCGUGGAAGCCCAUGGGGGUAUCUCUAUAAGCUGUCAGGAUGACGGGAGGCUGGCGGGGAGUGGAGACGCCACUGGAGAUGCAGGCGCGUGGGCGGAGAGAGCACUGACGGGGGUCAGUCACUUCGACAGACAUGCAUGGCAUGAAAGGCUGAGUUUGAUUGCAUGUGGGGGCGAAUCUUGUGGCACGAUUCGCGCAGGGAUACCGACGCACUGCAGGGCUCUUAUCGGAUGCGGCUGCGCAAAGGGAACUAGCAUUUUUUGCCGUGUCGUGCGCGGGGAUCCACUCAGGAGCAACGAGACAAGCACACACACCUGCGCAUCGAGAACGCAGUUGGAACGCGCAUAA